AUGAACUUUAGCUACUCCUACUACUCCGUACGGAGUACUCAGACUCUAUACGGAGUACUAAACUAUGGAGUCCUUCUGAACCGGCUGUCAGCCGUGAGCUUCUGGACUACGCUAGAAGAGCUAGAAGCUUUUGAGAAGACCGUCGGUCGCACAGGAUGGGUCUCUCUCUUCCUUCAGGGCCCGCGUCCGGCCCACUGCCCCUUAAGCAUCCCGAUUCCCCGGCGAGCGCGAAACGACGAUUUCGAAACACGAUUCACGACCGGUGGGGUCACUCUGUGGCCAGAUGGCAGAAUCAAAUAUAACCACCUUGCCUCUAUGAACGCGUACGACGUUCGGAUCCAUCCGCCUGUUCCUGAGAAGCGGCUGUUCUCCACUCCAGCCAUGCAGGCUGCUGGAGCCUGUCCAGAAAUUCGGUUCUACAAUACGGAGUACUUUGAGUGGAGCCCGGGAGCUCGAUUUGAAGAGGAGGAGGAGGAGACAAAUAAUGAUAAGAGUAGAAAGGGGGAUCGCCCCCGUUGCUUCGCGUACCUCUCCCCCGGGACAGGGACGGGAGAGCCGCGCCAGAAGCUCUGGGUCAGACCACUAGCGACACUAGUUGGGCCCAGAAAUUUUAGGGAUUCAAAAGAAGGAUAA